AUGCGCAUUGCCCACGGCUGGCCGCCCGCCCUUUCCUCUCUGAGGCGGCCCGUGCUGAGCGCCUGCUGUGGCCAUGUGGGGCCUCACGCGACUGUUGCGACCGUUAACGGCCUCUGCGCGCGCGCCGGGCCGCCCCUGGAAAAUUUGCAGCCUGAAAUUCAGAAACUGGCUGAACGUCUUCGCUAUGAAGUUUCUGUUCGUGGAAGGCAACUCAGUUGGUCUGAAAAGGUUGCCAGGUUCCAUUUUAAGAAGAAUCUACGGAGGAUUAUUACAGAACUGUACAUCCGAGACAACUGCCACCCCUUUAAAGCCACUUUAAUGAUGUGGGUGCAGAUUCCAAUGUGGGUCUGCGUGUCCCUUGCUUUGCGCAACUGUAGUGUCGGUGCCACGGACUCAGAAGUUCAAGAACAGUUUUCAACAGGUGGAACGUUGUGGUUUACAGACCUCACAGCACCAGAUUCUACGUGGAUUUUGCCCAUUUCACUUGGGCUUAUGAAUUUGAUGAUAGUAGAGAUCUUUGCUUUGCAAAAACUGAAAGCUACCAGGUUCCAGAAGUUAGCUUCAAAUUUCUUUCGAGUGGUGUCAGUAAUUAUGAUCCCUGUGGCUGCAACUGUGCCCUCGUCCAUGGCGUUGUACUGGUUGUCAUCAAGUUUCAUGGGACUCUCACAUAACCUGUUGCUCCGUUCUCCAACCUUUCGUCGACUGUGCCGCAUACCAAGGACCAAAUCUGACUCGGACACUCCUUACAGGGAUAUUGUCUCUGCCUUGACUGCCAAAUACUCUUUUAAGAAAUGAUGUGUUUUUUGAACUGUUGAAAGAGCUGUCCCCCAGAGUUAGCAUGGGUAGUUAAUAAGCUUUAUUGAAAUGUACUUUCUGUACAAUACUGCAUCUGGAAUUAUAUUUAUUCUCUAAAUAAAGCUUUGACCAUC